AAUCUGACAGGUGACAAUUAACAGAUCGAGACAAGACACUGACGAGAACAGACGCAAAUUGCAGUACAUUCAGAACCCUUGAUCUCCCCAUCAUCUACGCUUACGAAGCAAGCUUGACUUAGUGAGAACGACAGAAGGGUUUGAAGAUGGCGACACCCAGCAGUCCACCAGAACAAGGGGCUGCGUUUGACUCAGUGAUCUUCAAGGACAAAGUUGUGAAGGGCGAGAAACUUGGUGAGAUCAAGGUGAUGCUGGACGGACUCCAGAAAUCGGAUCCUGCUCACGCUAGCUACGACAAAGAAACCAGGCGUAUCCAAGUUUGGUGUGAAAUGGGAAGGAGGACGUACUCUGAUGCCUAUCAGUUUCCUGAAGAUGCUGAAAUAGUUCCAUCAUCUGUGGAUGUGCCAGAGAAAGAGAGGAGUAAAGGAAAGUUCAAGGUGUUCUUCAAGAAGAAAACCGACUUUCAGCUGCGAGAUAUCUGGAAACAGUAAUAGGGCUGAAGCAUGAUACUGUAUCAUCUUGUUCAUCACUCACUCACUCAUGAAAUAAGGUUUCACUUGUCAACUUUGACUGAAUUAAAUAUUGUGUACAAUGUUGACAUCUCCUCUUGAAUGUUAAAGUUCCCACCAGUUUAGAUGUACUUGUGUUCAAAUCUGAUUGCUCUACUUAUUACAAAUAUUUUCUUCCAUAUCAUAUUGUUUAAGCAGUUGUUCCCUCCAAGCGAGACUUUAAACUGUUGUUUACCUCCAUGUGAGACACUGUUUAAACUGUUGUUUACCUCCAAUCAAGACACUGUUUAAACUGUUGUUUACCUCCAUGUGAGACACUGUUUAAACUGUAGUCUACCUCCAAUCAAGACACUGUUUAAACUGUAGUCUACCUCCAA